CUCAUAGAAUCGCCAAAACCCUCAUUAUCGCAUAUCACAAAUGAUACCUAUACCAAACCCCCUCCGGGUGUGGACCAGAACUUAACGAUCUUCAUCGGGAUUAUGACCUAUUAUGAGAAGAUCGACACUAGGGAGUUUAUAUUGGGACUGCCUGAGGAUGAAAAUAAAGAUAAGUUGGAAGAAGAGUCUAAAAUGUACGGGGAUAUUGUUAUUUUGAAUAUCACAGAGAACAUGAACGAAGGAAAGACGUUUGAAUAUUUCAUUUGGUUUGCUAAGCAUGUAG